AUGGUAGAGGGAUUCGUCCCAGCAGGAGAUGAGCAGUGGGAUAUGGCCUGGGAUUGGUUAUAUCAACUUGCCGAGCUGUGUCUGCUUCAACUAUGGGAAGAUGUGAAAGAGUAUGAUGCUACUGAUCAAAUAAAGUUCAGCAAAUAUUGUAAAAUUCAUGAUGUGUUGCAUGAUUUGGCCAUACACAUAUCGAGAGAAAAUAAAUGUGCUUUUUCUGUUGAGGAAGCCUCUACAUGUACAAUUGGUGCCUCUGGCUGGUCUCGGAUUUUACUUGCCAAGAAAGAUAUCAAUGUCGAUAACAUCUUCGAUAGCCAACUUGCUUAUAUCCGUACAUUCUCACUAUCUCAGAAUAGGGAGAUUACAAGCCUUCCAAGUAACUUGUUUACUCAUGUGAGAGGACUGCGCAUUCUGGAUUUGAGCUACACAAGCAUCUCUACAUUGCCUGAAUCCGCUGAAAAGAAUACACUUCUGAAGGUUCUGGAUUUAAGGGGUACAGAGAUAAAGCAAGUGCCGGAGUGUGUGAGACAUCUGAAAAGUCUCUUGUUUCUUGCUAUGCCUAACAGAUGCAAGUAUUUACCACCAUGGAUAGGUGAACUUAAAUGUCUUCAGCAUUUAGAAUGCGAGGGUGUUCAUCGCAUGCCAAAGACAAUAUCAAAGCUGGCCUCAUUAAGAAAGCUGCAAUCAGGUAUAUUGCAUCUAUCCAUAGAAGAGGACGAAUUCAUUAGGCUGGAGGAUUUGGCCAAUAUGACUCAGCUUCAGGAACUAGAGUUAACUCUCAACCAUGAGAUGCAGUUGAAGAUGGUGGAAGAAGGGAUUCUUUCGCAACUGCUCAAGAUGCGUCAACUAUUUAUCAGGAAUUGUGUUGAUGAUGAAAUGGGUAGAACAAAGUUACCGCGAUUUUCAGAGAAAAUGAGAGCAAUGGAAAACCUUGAAAGUCUUAGAUUAAUCAAAUUUGAGGUGCCAAGGUGGAUAUGUGAUUUGUGGAAUCUCAGGGAAUUGGAGUUAUGUAAUUGUGAUUGUAGUGAUUGUCCGGAGUUGCAAACAAUGCCGAAUCUAGUGAGGUUGAAGUUGUCGGGGAAUGAUAGGUGCAUAGAAUUGCCAAAAGCGUUAGGAAAGUCAGGAGAGUUUCCAUACCUUUAUUCCUUGUCAAUUCAAUUCUUCGAGGAACAAGAGGAGGUGAGGCCACGCAUGAAGCAAAGUGAUGCAAAUGCUGGAAGGGAAGAUGGAGCAUGA